AUUUGCCAUUGACAUAGUUAACACUCAAUUUAGUUUUCCACUGUUAUUAAAAUAGAGAUUAGAAUAAUGCAGUUGCACGUAUUAUACAUAAAAUUUCUGUACGUACAUGAACAAAAUACAAGAAAUUAAAAUUUAAUGUCAAACAUUGAUGAUUAUCUAACCUCCUGGAGAAUUUCAUACGCAUCGCAUCUUCCACUAUACAAAAUUAUGGAAUUAUCCUUUGAAAAUGUUUUCUCUUAUAUAUAGUGUAUUAUAAUCUAUCAUUAGCUCUUGAUCUAUUUAUGUGAUCUUAAUUUGGCAUCCGAUCUCACCUUCGUGUGCUGUCAAACGAACAUAGGACAAUAAAAUUUGAGACAUAAUGGGAAAAGAUAAGAAUUCUGAAUCGGAUAGUGUUAUUUCUGAAUCUGAAAAUCAUAAUGUAAUGGGAGAUACAAAUGUUUCAUGCAUUGAGUUAAAAAAAAAUGAAAAAAAGUACAAAUGCAGUUUCCAAGGGUGUGAUAAAACUUUUGCUAGGCCAUCAAGAUUAGCAAGACAUAUUAGGUUUCAUACUGGAGAGAGAAGCUAUAAAUGUAAUCGUCCAGGAUGUGACAAAGCUUAUACGAAUUCUUCUCAUUUAAAACGUCAUAUGGAAACCCACAGUUCCGUGAAGAAGACAUAUCAAUGCCCUGUAUGUCUGAUAUCUAUUAGUAAUCGACACAAUUUGAAACGUCAUUAUAAUUUGAUGCAUGGGGAUAAUGGUAAAUUGACUUGUAAACAAUGUAAUGAAACAUUUACUAAAAAGUAUCAACUUGCUGCACAUAUGUCAAUGCACACUGGAGAAUUACAUAAGUGUGACCAAUGUAAUAAAAGUUUUACAAAUAUUAGAAAGUAUAAGAGACACUGUGCAAGUCAUAGUGAAGGAAUAAAAACUUUUCCUUGCACUGUAGAAGGAUGCACUGAAAUUUUUAUAAAGUGGCAUCUGUUUCAUGCUCAUUUAAAAACACAGCAUGUAAUUUAUCAUAAGUGCAAGGACUGUGAUAAAGUAUUUUUGAAAAAGAACCAUUUGAAAGCACAUUCUAAAGUGCACAUGGAUAAUAGAGUGGUAAUUCCUUGUCCAUACAAUGAGUGUCCCCGAGUAUAUUACUUUAAAAGUAACUUGGACACACACAUACGAAUAAAUCAUUUGGGACAAAAAUUUCAAUGUGACAUAUGUAAAGUAGAAAUUUCUUCAAAAGCCAGAUUAGCGGAUCACAUUCACAAGUUGCAUAUGUCUGAACAAAGAAUAAAAAGAGCUAAGAAAGGACAGCGUAAGAAGCGGAAAGAUGCUGGGACAUGUAAGAGGAGUGCAGUAUCUGCAUUGAUUGGUCUUAAUUUACCACCAAAAAUAGAAAAACUGAUAUUAGAUAGACAAGAAAAUAUACCAUAUAUAGAAGAACUUCAAAUGGUACUUGAUGGCAAUUUGAACUCAUGAUGUAUUUAGUAAUUUUUAUAAAAUAGGA